CCCACUUGGACAGAGCAGGAGGCCAGUAGACCCAGCAGGAGGACGGGAAAGAGACCCGGAUCUCCAGUCCAGAUACAAAGCCUCAUAUCUGAGUGUGAUCCUCCUAAUAGUUUACACCGACCGGCAUGGCGUGUUGCCGUUCCUGCCCACGCCUGUGCACGCGCUCAUCGGCCUACACCCUGGCCCUGGGCUUAAGUUUUAUCACACUCGGCACAAGUCGCAUCCUGCUGCUUAAAUUUGCUGCUAAUGCAGACAACACAUAUGACUUCCUCCCAGCGUCUGUCAACAUGCUGGCCGAGGCGCUCAAGCUGCUCUUCUGCCUCAUGAUGUCCAUCAGGGUGUUCAUUCGAGAGGGGCGCUCCUGUAGAGAUCUGCGCUGCUCUUCUGCCUCUUCACUCAUCAGCUAUUUGAAAUGGGCUGUCCCCGCGUUCCUCUACUUUCUCGACAACCUCAUCAUUUUCUACGUGAUGACCUACCUGCAGCCUGCCAUGGCAGUCUUGUUUUCCAACUUUGUUAUUCUCACCACGGCUGUUCUCUUCAGACUUGUCCUCAAGAGACGCCUGUCGUGGGUGCAGUGGGCGGCAUUGGUCAUACUCUUCCUGUGCAUCGUCUCUCUGACGACGGGGUCGGGCGGAAGCCAGAAGUCAGGCGGGUCUGUGGCAGGGAUCCGCUUGCGGCCCCUGUCCACGCCUUCCAACUCCUGCUUGCUGUACACGCAGCUGAUGGAACAGAUGAAGAACAGCAGCGCCAAUGCAUCGUGGGUGUCGAUGCUCCCCGGGCAGGCCUGGCGGGACAGCUUGGUGGGAAAGCUUCGCUCGCUGGGCGUGGGCCACAUCCUGCUCCUGCUGCAGUGCUUCAUCUCGGCCAUGGCCAACAUUUACAAUGAGAAGAUCCUGAAGGAAGGAGACCAGCUCACUGAGAGCAUCUUCAUUCAGAACAGUAAACUGUAUGCCUUCGGCGUGCUGUUUAACGGUCUGACCCUGGUUACUGGACAAGAGUCUCGGGGCCUCACUGUCCACUGUGGCCUCUUUUAUGGACACAACAUGUACUCUCUCGCCCUGGUGGUCAUCACUGCGACCCUGGGCCUCUCCGUGGCCUUCAUUUUGAAAUUCCGGGACAACAUGUUCCACGUGCUGACGAGCCAGCUCACCACCGUCCUGGUGACCGCCCUCUCGUUCUUCCUCUUCGACUUCCGGCCCUCUCUGGACUUUUUCCUGCAGGCUCCCGUGGUGCUGCUGGCCAUCUUUAUCUACAACGCCAGCCGACCACGGGACCUGGAGUACAGCCUGCAGCAGGAAAAGCUGCGGGUCAUCAACGGGGAGGUGUUAAAGAGGUCCAGAGGGGAUGGUGAGGAGCUGGAGCUUCUGACCAAGGCCAACACAGAGAGCGACUCUGAAGAGUCGUCUUUGUAAGGCACAGAAAAACACUGUUUGCAGUGUUCACGAAGGACGCACAUUGUCCACACACAUGCUGUCUGCAAAAGGUUUUGGGUUUUUUGGACCCUGGAGUGACGACAUUGACGCUGUGUCUGGAACACACGAGAGACUGAGGCGUUUGUUUUUCCUGUGGUCAAACCUCAACACGCGCUUUCUUUUUGUGUACUGCCACUGUGUUCUUUUUUUCCCUUUGGAAAUCACGUGGGUAUUUUUUGCUGCUGGAGGAAGAUUUGGAUAACUUUCAUUAGCAAGACAAUUUAUCAGGAUGUGAGGAUGCACAAUAUAUGUGGCGCUUGAAGAUUGUUUGGCUCAUAAAUUGGACUCUUUAAAAGCACAAUGUCUGUAUGGUACUUUUUUGUGUGGGUCACAUUUUGAGUAUUUAUAAAGUGCCAUUUGUGCUCUGCAAUUAACUAAAAAUCAUUCAUUGGUUUUGGAAUGUGGCGGGAUAAAGAGGAACACAAAUCCAUGAAAAACCCGAUCAAAUAAUCUGUUGGGAUUUGUUUCCCCAAACUUCAUUCAAAUGCAUGUGGAAACUCAUUUUGAAAUCGUGUUGCUCAAGCACAACUUUCCGGCACAAUGUCAAGCCUACUACUGUAAUUGAAAUGCAAACUAUAUGCUCACUGGCUACAGCAACUGCACAAUCAAUAUCCAGAAUAAGAACCAGAUUUUAAUGCGUUUCUCUUUUCAGUACUACCUGUACCUAUUUUUUAUUUUAUUUUUCAUUGUUCAAAGGGAAAUUUAAUACAUGGUACUGUGAAUAGUUUAUAGUGAUUAAAUUAAUAAAUUGUAGUGUAUAUAGUAUUCAAAUGUAUAUUCAUUGUUUAUUUUUUGUGGUGGUGCCAAUUUGAAUAAUUUACAGUUAACGGUUUGUUGACAAUUAAUUCCCCAUUUUAUUUUUUUAUUUUUUUUAUUAAUUAUAUUAAAAUAUUGUAAUGUUCUUUAUUUCUUCUAUUCAUCCAUCCAUUAUGCCUACAAUGUAGCCAGCCUAACCACUACUCACCAUGAUGCCUGUUAUUAUUUUAAUGUACUAUUUACUGUUGUAUAGAUAUUAUGAUAUAUGUUCAUAAUCAUGAACUAACAUACCAUGUUAGUUUUGCUGGUAAUUCUUGAUCAUGUGUUAAAUUGCGUAUUAUUAUGAUUA